GUAUGUUAUAUAGCUCAAAUGGAUGGCUGAUUCACUUGUUAACGAUGAUUCUAUCUCGGACGACCGACCAUCAAGACCUCGAAGACGACCAAGAUUAAAACCCCAUGAUAUCCCACAUUCCAAUCCACAGAGAAAUUCUGCCGUCCGUGGCAAGUGGAAUAAAACAUCCCAACCACAGCCAUCAAGCAGCUCCAGUUCUCAAUCUAAACCAAAUUAUAGGCAGAGAAAUGUUCGACCAUCUCAUAGCAGACCACAUGUUGCAGAAACAGAUAGUAAUCUAUCGUCAUUAAAUAAAGCAAUAGAAGAACGAAACAGAACCAAUGCAUUAAACCGGAGAUCAGCAGGCAGCAGCUCCAAUAAGGGAAAGUCUCCAGCUGUUAAAACGAAAACUGAUACAAGGCAAAGCUGUCCUUACUGUGCAUUGAACCCCGAGGAAAUGUCAUGCUAUUACUGUCAAAAGCAGAGAAAUGUUCAACCAUCUCAUAGCAGACCGCAUAUUGCGGAAACAGAAAGCAAUCUAUCAUUAAUCUAUCAUUAUAAUAAUGAUUAUGAUGAUUCAUUAUUAGAUAAAGCAAUAGAAGAACAUAACAGAACCAAUACAUUAAACCGAAGAUUAGCAGGCAGAACCUCCAAUAAGGGAAAGUCUCCAGCUGUUAAAACGAAUAUUAAUACAAGGCAGAGCUGUCCUUACUGUUACUUUCCAUUGAAUCCUGAGGAAAUGUCAUGCUAUUACUGUAUUCAAAAGCAGUUUACUUGUCCUGUGAGACAAAGUAAAAUUCAAGAUGGAUGGAGGCUAGGCACAGUGAAAGGUCAAUCGCAAGAUGCAGUAUACAUCAAACCAGUGAUGGAACUUCCACAAGGGUUAAUAGCUGAUAAGGAUGUGCAUGUUUGGAAAGAUCAGAUUUCUGGAAUUAGUAAUAUUUUUCCUGUAAUGAAAGGUGACAAGAUAGAGUUUUUGCUCUCCGACAAACCGCAAAAGAAAGGCAACAAGCUAUCAGCAUAUAGAGCAAACAUAGUGUCCUUUUGUGGACGAAGAAGUCUCAUUGAGUUAAGCCAAUUUUUCGUCCUUGCAAAAAAUAAUGUUGGCGAAACUUCUACUAGAACUGAAACCAUGAAUUCAAUUAUGACCUGUGAUGCUCUGUGGUUUUACAUUUUCAAUGCAAAAUGUCGUGAUAAUGAAGAAUAUCAGGCAUUCGUAUCAAAAGUUUUGGAUUUCGCCUUCUUUUUGAUCGAGCACAUGGACAGUUUUCCUUCCAGAAAAAAGGAAAUAUUUAAUCUUAUUUUAGACAGAGAUUUCAUUGGUCAGCUUAAAGACGAACAAGAUAAGCAUUCAAACAAACUAAGAUUGGCCAUGUUUGCAGUAAAUACAGACAUAGGCUUGUUCAAGAAAGUGAUGCCGAUUCUAAGCAGUGUGGUCCAAGAAAGCGAAUCAGAUGUUGCCAAUGCACUUUACAAGAUGCUUAUGAAAUUUGGAAACAUCUGUGAUCUUAACAACUGGCACGACCUUCCUCAGAUUCCCACAAUCGAAGAAUUGUUUGGAGACCCUUUGGAAAGAGUAAAAGUUUUGAAACCCGUCUUGUUAACGUCUGGGUAUCAAAAUGCUGAUGAUUACUUGACUGUAUACUACAGAUUACUACGAACGGAAUGUUUUUCUGCUAUACAGGAGGAAUAACUGCCUAUAAGCAAGAAAUUUGAAUCGUAGGGAUAUGAGCAUAUUCAAGAAUGUUUCUGUGGCACAUCUUGAGCUGGAGCAUGCGAAAAUCUUAAUAUUUCUUAAAUUUUCCUUGGACCAACGAGUUGCAAAUUGGAAGAAGUCGAAAAAGCUCAUGUCUGGUAACCUUUUGUGUGUUACUGUUGAGGGCGAUUUUUCAGAUCCUAUAUGGCUCACCGUUGCUGAUCGAGAUGAGGUUCUUCUAGAAAAGCAUAGCGUUAUUGGAGUAGAAUUGAUAUCAUUCCACAGCUCAGAUGCUGAUACUGCUGAUAAUGUUAAGAAGUUGCUGUUUAAUUCUGGCAAAAUGAUCAUGGCAGAAAGCCCUACAUAUUUUCAAUCUUUUAAACAUGUGUUGAAUAGUCUUCAGUACUCAGAAAUUGGCAACUUUCCUCUUGCCGAUGAGAUUAUUCAUGGUAGUUUCAAACAGUAUGAAGGUUGUCGUAAUUUGAUUUCACCAUACUUGAAAGAUGUGGAAUAUGAAAAAUUGGAAGAAAACCAACGAAAUGCUUUUGUCCAUGCUUUAGCUAGUACUUUGGGUAUCAUUCAAGGACCUCCUGGUACAGGAAAGACCUUAGUUGGUGCAAAACUUGCCAAAAUAUUACUUUGUUUGCAGAAAGAUAACAAACUCAACAACUUACUUAACCAGGGACAGACUCCUUUGAACUAUGCUGAUGAAAAUCAUGAGGGAAAUAGUGCCUCAAAAAAUGAGGAUAACCCACGGGCAUACUCAUACUUACGUACAAAAAUCAUGCACUUGAUGAGUUCCUACUGCACUGCAUAAAAUUUUGCGAUAAAGGAGAUGUUACUAGAAUAGGAGGGUCAAUCAAAAGAAGAAGAUCUGAAAGACUGCUUGCUGCAUAACAAGAUGAAAAAUUCGGGAGGAAUUUCAAGUAGACAAAUCAUGAAUGAAAUUGACGUCUUAUUCGCCAAACUUUCAAAUCUGUAUUCUAAACUUGGAGACUUGCAAAUGUUUACUUUUGAAAGUUUUGUCAGAAGUAUGACAGAUCAACAGUUUACCGAUUUUGUGGACAAAGCAAUUAAGAAAACAUGGAAGUUUCCCCCCAAGUCAUUGAAAGUCGAUACCGUACUCGUCAAGAAGCUACAUCGUUUCUUCACUAUAUUGAAAGAAGACCCUAACUGGAAACAGCAAUUUUUACAAAUAAUGUACCGCUCAUGUAGCCAACACCAGGAAAGUGAAGCCGACAAAAUGAUAGGUAUGAUAUCUCUUAAGGUCCGGGAUGCUUAUGAAAAUCACUGGUUGCCAAACAAACACAACUUAAGUCAAUUGCAACAAAAAGGAAGUUUCCUUUUAAAUGCACAUAUAAAAGAUAAUAAUAUUAAUGAUGAUGUUAUUGUUGAUGAAAUAGAGGAUGGUGUGCUUGGAGAGGAUGACGAAUUGGAUAGAGAUUACAUAAACGAGCAACAUGCUACUAGGGCGUCAGCUUUUGAUGAAGAUUUUAAAAGUAAGUUUAAACCCAAAGACUUAAAAUCGGAACGAUUGGUAAAACUCGAAGCAUCUAUAUCAAAGACAAAUGCUAAAAAUGCUAAAAAUAAGAAGAACAAAAACGUCUUUUGCUUAUCAGAUUUCCCAUCACAUUGUGCUUUAAGCAAAAGUAUUUCAACGAAAGAUAUCUUGUGGAGUCUCUCAGAAGUCGAGAAGUAUACUUUCAUAUACAGUUCUUUGCAUUCGGGAAAUGACAAUUUGAUAGAUGAUAUGAAUGAACUGUUUGAACAAAUCAACAUGAAGCAGAAGCAGAAAGAGAUGAUUACUCUUACUAAUAAGGUAGAAGUUUUAAGAACCCAAAAAAUCGUUGGUGCAACUAUAGUAGGAGCAUCUUGUCAGUUGUCAUUGAUUAACAAAUUGGCACCAAAAGUUGUCCUCGUAGAAGAAGCUGCAGAAGUUUUAGAGUCAUGUUUGGUUGCUGUUUUGAGCAAGAGUGUCCAAAAGUUAAUCCUUAUCGGAGAUCAUAGGCAACUAAAGCCACAAGUUGAUACAUAUCACCUUAGGAGGGAACAUAACUUUCACAUUUCUAUGAUGGAGAGGCUGAUAAAGAUAGGAUUUCCGUACGAAAAGUUACUGAGUCAAGGCCGCAUGAGACCAGAAUUCUCGUGCAUGUUGAAAGAUAUAUACCCAAAAUACCGAGACUUCCCUGAUCUAGAUAAGAAGAAUGAGAAGAUUGAAUGUCUGCCUAACUCCAUGUAUUUCUGGUCACAUAAGUUCCCUGAAAACAAAGACUGUUCAGUGAAAAACUUGAGAGAAGCCAACAUGGUUGUAGCACUUGCUAUGUUCUUUAUUACAAGUGGUGUAGAUGAGGCUGAUGUGACCAUACUUUGUGCUUACCUAGGACAAGUUCAGCAUGUUCGGAAACUAUAUCGUGAGAUGAAUCCCCCACCUUCUAAACAAGAUACUACAAAGAAGCCUAUUGACAUAUGUACAAUUGACGGAUACCAGGGAGACGAAAAUAAAUUUGUCAUUGUUUCGUUGACUAGGUCCAACGAAAAUAAUCAAAUUGGAUUUUUGAAAGAAAUUGAGCGCCGUUGUGUAGCACAAUCAAGAGCAAAAUGUGGCAUGUACUUUGUCGGAAAUGCUACCAUGUUCAGAAAAAGUAAAACAUGGAAAAUAAUUAUGGAUACUAUGGAUAGUCAAAGUCUCGUUGGUGAAAUGCUUCCUCUCAUCUGCUACAGGCAUCCUGAUAUCAUAUAUCAUGUUGUUCAGAGGGAUGAUCUGACUAAAAAGGUUGUAAGCGAUAAUUCCCAGUUGAUGUAUUAUGUUCAGAAUAAUAACAAAUGGUGUAAGGAUAUCUGCAAUUCCUCCUUUCCCUGUGGAAUUGAAGCUCAUCGCUGCAAGAAACUCUGCACUCCACGACAUGAUGAUACAAAGUGUAAAACUAAAGUCGAUUUCAAAUUUUUAGAUUGUCAUCAUACUACUCAAAAGGAGUGUUACAUUGAGGAAAAAGAUAUGAAGUGCAAAACCAAGAGACUCGUAGAGCUGCCUAAUUGCAGACACCAAAAAGUGGUAGAAUGUCAUACUUGGAUUUUCAAAGAGAAUGAAAUCAUGUGUACUGAAACCUGCUCAAAGUCAUAUGACUGUAAAUAUC